AUGGCCUCCCUCUCCCCCGCCCAGGCGAUCGCCGCCGUGACUGCCGCCCUGGCCCAGCUGCCUCCAGCGGAGUCGAUCCCCGAAAGCGACCGCCUUCAGCUUCUCGGAGUUAUGGACCAAGUUCGCGUUGCCAUGGAGCCGCCCAUUCUGACCGCUCGCAACCUCUGUUUUGCACAUUACGGCCUGGUGGGCAUCCGGGGGCGGUUUCCCCCAGACCAUCGGGCAGUUGGCGGUGACGGCCAAGGACGGAAACUCCGAUGUGUGCGGUCAGCCAUUGACGGUUCUUCUGUAGGGCGCAUCCUUCGUCUCCUGGCUGCCAACCACCUGGUCAUCCAGGCGGCCGAUCAAACCUACCAGCCAUUGCCGCUAGCCCUGGGGUUUACCACGGGAUCCCCCUUGGCGGAGGUGAUCAAGCAUUUCUAUACCAAUAUGAGGGCCUCGGCGUUCUUGGAUGAAUACCUCGCAUCCCACGAGUACCGGAACCCCGAAGAUGCCUGGAAUGCCCCCUUCCAGUGGGCCUACCAGACCCAGGAGCACCACUUCGCCUGGCUACAAACCCACCCGGAGGACCAGCACGCCUUCAACGUGGUCAUGGGAUUGAACCGCCAGCUCGAUGGGGCCCAGUGGUUCGAUGUUUACCCGGUCGAGGACAAGCUUCGGGUCUCGCCCCAUCGGGUGCGCCUGGUCGAUGUGGGCGGCGGGCUGGGCCACGAUGUCGCGCGAUGCAAGGCGCGAUUCCCGGACAUGCCAGGCAAGCUCGUCGUCGAGGACCUGCCCGCGGUGAUUCGGGAGAUCCAAACCCCCCUGGGGGAAGACGUGGAGGCCAUCGCCUGCGAUAUGUUCGCCGCGCAGCCCGUGCACGGCGCCAAAGCGUAUUACUUGCGGACCGUUCUUCACGACUGGCCCGACCAGCAGGCGCUCCAGGUUCUGGGCCGUAUCCACGAGGCCAUGGCGGAAGAUUCGGUGCUGCUGGUCAACGAAAACACCCUGCCCGAGCAGGCUGCGCCGGCCGGCUCGGUGGCGGUAGAUAUCCUGAUGAUGGAAUUGUAUGCAUCUCUCGAGCGCACGGAGAAACAGUGGAUCGACUUGCUGCAGCGAGCCCACUUCACGGUGGUCAAGGUGUGGCGGGCGGAGUCUCAAGGAGUCGGGUCGCAUGCGUUGUACGAGGCGGUCCCCGUUGGUAGAGCCCUAUAG